GACUAUUCCGAUAUCAUGCUAAUAGUUCUCCCUUUUUCUCUGUGCAGUGACAGCUACAUCGUGCGUGUGAAAGCGGUGGUGAUGACGCGGGACGACUCGAGCGGAGGCUGGCUGGCCGAGGGUCCCAGCGCUCUGAGCCGGGUGGGGGUCUGCCGCCUGCUGCCGCCCGAGAUGGGGCUGCUGCCGACCUCCAGCGGCUCUCAGUUCAUCAUUCGGGGGGAACGGCUGCGGGACAAACAGGUGAUCCUAGACUGUCCUCUGAGGAAGGACCUUGUUUACACCAUAGCUACGCCCACGUUUCACCAUUGGAAAGUGGAGAACAUGAAGUGUGGGCUCUCCUUUCAGAGUCCAGCUGAGGCCAGAGCGUUCGACAGAGGCGUACGGAAAGCUAUCGAGGACCUGGCUGAAGGCUCUACAACCUCAUCUACAGCACUCCAGAAUGAGGGCGAGCUGGGUGACGACGACGUCUUCACUAACACCACAGACAGCUCAUCCAACUCCUCCCAGAAACUGGAGAGCUCGCUGCCGCCGCUCGAGUCCUCGCCCCUUCCGCAGAGACACAAGUGCAUGCUGGGACAUCGCCACGACCUCCACGACCCCUACCGGCUCACAGACCACUACUUCAUGGACCAGCCGUUGUCUCGGCUUCCCCGUCAUGUCACCUUCCAGGAAGACGAGGAAAUCGUCCGCAUCAAUCCUCGGGAGCGGAGCUGGGAACGAACCACCGAGCGCCACUAUGGACGCCCGUCGGACCGCCCCUCUUUCACGGGCUACGAGGACUACCGACACGCCACGGUGCGGGACAAGUUCAUCCAAAUGGAAGACUCUGAGUCGUACGUCCACUUUGCCAAGACAGAGUCGCAGAAGCACGACUACACCUACCCUCUGGCCCCCACCCUGUCGCCCUCAGACUCUGACCCCGCUCUCGGACCCUUGGUCAAUAAGGGCCAGGGCGGCUCGUACCGCCAGGGCUUCUCCUCGGUGGUCUCCGUCCAGCCUCGAUCCUUCCUCCCGAGCUCCUCAUCGUCCACAAAUGGCGGGAAGGGGCGAAAAGAGGACGGGUUGGAGCGUGCUCAGUGUGAGCAUUGCGGCGAGGCUUUUUACAUCACCGACAACCGGAGAGGUCGGUGCCACGAUGCGCCGGACCCUGUGCAGGGGUGCAUCCGGAGGGUCAGCUGCAUGUGGCUGGCAGACACCAUGCUCUACCACUGCAUGUCAGACCCAGAGGGGGACUACUCGGACCCCUGCUCCUGUGACGGGGGUGAGGGCGGAGGCGGAGGCCGAUUUGGCUCUCGCUGGUUAGCGCUGCUCGGUUUAUCUCUGGUGGCGCCGUGCCUAUGUCUCUACCCGCCGCUCCACGCGUGUCACCGGGCGGGGCUGAGGUGCGGCUGCUGCGGAGGCCGACACAAAGCCCUGAGCUGAGGAGAGGAACAAUGACAAAAACCUAAAAACCCAACGCAAGCACAGGGAAAGGGAAGGAUGGGGAUGGGGAUGGGGAUGGACACGGAGGGGACAAAGUGGCUGCUCACUCUCUUGCCUUGGUUUCUCUGGGAUUCUCUACAAAUUCCAGACACUGAAAUAAGCCAAAUAUAAAAACAGUUGGUGCAUUUUCUGAACGGCCUGGGAAGAUAAGCUCCCCCUUACGGCAGACAGUUCUCUCAGCUCUCCACGUGGCCAUUUCAUGCUCUGUUUCUAGAGAGAGAGCACUCUUUUUCAGGGGGCCUUUUUUUUUUAUAGCUGACCUAUAUGUCAUGUAUCACAUAUGCAGGUACUUUAUACUUUGUACACUGACUCGGCGUCAAAGAACUUGAAUUGUUUCUUUGUUCUUUUUUUUCAUUCUCCUUUGAUGUACGCGUGGCCAUUUUGUUUAUAUUCUAUUCCAAUAUCAGGCCCGCUCAACUCCAGCUACAAGAGAAUCAGACACUACACCUCUUUGUGUGUGUGUGAGUGUGUGAAUGUGUGUGUGUGUGGAUGGUAUUUGUGCGAGCUAACAAUGCGCACCGAGGCCUUUUGUUGUCUAUACUGCAGCUUAUCGUAAAGCUCAUGUAUAUAGUCUACAUAGCUCUCCACCGUCGACAUCUUCUUUGUUCGCCGAAACAAACGUGGUACUCAUCUUAAUCUUCUAAUAUCCCAAAGAUUCUUUUUUUUAUCCUAUUUAUUUCUCACUGAAUUGAUCUACCAGCAAAAAGGGUGCUGGGUUGUGAUUCACUCAACUAACGAGACAGUGCUUUAAAUCAAGCUAGCAUUCGUCUCACGUUAUUUCAAACAGUGCCUAAACUUUCACCUAAACCAGUAACCAGUCUUAUAAUUCCAGUCAGUUUCUUGACACAUACACACAAAGCGGUGUCAGACUAUAAGGCUCUGAUUUCCUCACCCUCCGCAGAACCUUAGUCAGCAGUCAAGGAUGAAAGAAAAAAACAAACAAUCAGAGAUACCAUUAAACUUGGUUCCCGUUAUGCCUUAAAAUGUGGAGUCUGGCUCCAAACUUCACCCCCGUCCCUCUGAAGAUGUCUGCUUUAAUGAAAAGCGUGAGCACGGUUACGGCUCCAAGCAAUCAGCCUCAACACAUACUCUUUUUAAAUUGGUUUAAACUAUUUUUAUACUGAAAAGGAACUCUUAAGAAGGUUCUGAUCAAGUGUGUAAACUAAGGACUCCAGUGUGCUUGCGGUGUACAAUCAGCUCCCUUCUUUUAGCCUCGUCCUUCAAUGAAGCCCACCAGUCACAUAGCCUACUGUGUGAGUAACAGCGGUAACAGAGACUAAAAACUGUUAUAAAAUGAUAAAUGUAAAUACAUUUCUUAAAAACUCCUUACUAGUGAAAAUUAGUACAAAAGCUUUUGUUGCGUAAAACAAAGUUAUGAACGACCUUAGGCCUCUAAAAUGUUACUACAGCAAUGUAGUGAGUUUUAUUUUACACUUAUACAUAAAGAUGUGUCCUUCUUCUGUUGAAAGAAGAAUAAUCUAACAUUUUAAGAAACACAAGAUUCGUUUGAGGAAAAUAUGUAUACACGGUCUUGUCUCUGAGCCUGACGCAGGUUAGCUUAGCUUAGCAUCAACAUUGAAACGGGUGUAAACAGCUAACUUUGCUUUAUCUUAAGGUAAUAAAAUACACCUAUGGGUACAUUCAAAACUCACUAUUCAAUAAAUAUACAAUAUAACGUUUUGUUUUUCAGAAACUAAAGUGUAAGAAGCUAUGCUAGCUGUUACAACUUGCUGAAACCUCCAUAACAUGUGACUGGUGGGCCUACAGCAUUUGGGCCAAAAAACUGACCAUCACAAGGGCGCCUUAUAGGGGAUGUGACCGGGAAGACGAUCCUCUUUUAAGAAUUACAAAGAAAAAGGAUUAGCAAGACAUCAGUAGGGUCCCAUUGGUAAAGAACGGUAGUCCAAAAAACGGCUGAAAUGCUGGAAACAAACAUCCACCCCUGAUUGUUUUGCCAAGGAAAUGUCACUUGCUGUAGUUGAAAUACAGAAUGCCUGAGGAUGUCCUUUUCCCUUCCCUGGUUGUGUCUGUUUCAUACAUCCUGUCCUGUGUACCAGUCUGUACGUCCUUGGUGUGUGCGAGUGUGUUUUUCCCACAUCCCUUUCCCUUCUCCUGCUCCUUGAUCCAAAGCUACUGGGAUCAGCUGAAAAUGCCAUCACAUGCUAAGUUAACAUCUAUCCAGUAUAAUCAGAUUCUACGAUGAUGUGAUGUUUCAGGGACGGGACCAAUCAGAUUGGAAAGAGUGUGUGUGUGUGUGUGUGUGUCAGCGUUAAUCUUUUUUCUCUCCGUCUCGUCCGGUGUUUAAGUGUAUUCUCACAUGUCAGAGCCAUUUACAAGUGCCUGAACGCAUCCUCUUUAUCUCCUUGUAUUUAAAUUGAAAAAUUAAAGAAACAAACUCCCUGUAUUGAAUUAGACCCAUUUUUUACGCUUAGUAUUUUUACCUCUGUAAAAAAAAAAGAGCAAAAAUUAUAUUAUAUAUAUAUCAAGUGUAUGUUGUACAUUUUUAUUUCUAUUUGUUUUUUUUAAAUAACUGUUUCUAACAUGUACGAUGGAUGUAGCUCUUGCUUUGAGAAGGAACAGGAAGUACUUUGUAGAUACUGAAGGGUGGCCAGGUCUGUGAGAAAACUAAAGUGAAAUGUGUGUCUUACCUUCCGCCUCCAAUAAAAUGAGAGAAAACAGUGAAACCA